AUGGACAGCACCACGACCAACGAGGCAGGGGCAGUGCCGGCCUGUGCCAGCAGCAGCUCGACGUCGGUGCUGGACGGGGAGCCGGAGAUCGUGAGAGCUGCGCACGAGGGAGAUGAGGAGCGUGCCCUCGAACUACUGCAGGAGGAAACUGUGGACCCGAACACGCGCACCUGCAAGGGAGCCUACCCGCUCCUGCACGUCGCCGCCCUCUCCGACCUCCCCCUCUUGGCCGCUCGUCUCCUUGAGCUGGGGGCUCUUCCAGAUGCCCUCGACCGUGACGGUUAUACGGCGCUGCACUAUGCGGUCACAUGGGAAGCCAUAGACACGAUCCAGACACUUAUCAAGGGCGGGGCGUCGGUGAACGCGCUUACGCGAGACAACAUCUACUACCUCAACGGGAGCAUUCCCAUGGUCAUGGUCGGAGGCCGCACGGCACUGCACCUCGCUGCCGAGAAGGGCUAUGUGGAGUGUGUGCAACUGCUCAUCGAGGGCGGAGUGGACCCCGAGCUGAAGGAUUACAGCGGCCGCACAGCAUACGACCUCGCGGUCAACAAGAAGCACUGGCACGUCGCUGGCCUGCUCAAACCCGAUACUGUUGAGCUUUCGCGGGUCCCCAAGCAUGUGGCGCAAGUGCCACCCAACGACGUAGAGGACCGCAACGGGGUGAGGAACAGAAUUGAGCUUGUGCGUAAACAAGAGAAGCGCGACUACAGGGCACACAUCCGCGAGAACUAUCGCCCGUUGCAUUCAGAUGUGUACACCCUGCACGAGAGCAUGUUUGAGGACAGCUUCCUGCGUGCGAUCAACGACGGCAGCGAAGCAGCGUUGCGCUCCCUACUCGAGGAAGUGCAUCCCGGCAUCUACUCGUUUCCCAUGCUGAAGCUGUCCUUUUGCGACCGUCUGCUUGAAGAGCUGGACCACCUGGAACAAAGCGGGCUGUCGCUGAAGCGACCCAACUCGAUGAACGCAUACGGAGUCAUUCUGUCAGAUGUGGGCUUUAAGGAGAUGAUGCACCAGCUCAUGCGGCGCUACGUUUGCCCACUUGCAACCCUGCUGUACGCGGAACAGGGCGGAGAUUCCCUCGAUCGGCUUCACAGCUUCGUGGUCAAGUACAAGAUCGGCGAGGACCUCGACCUGAAGGAGCACGUGGACGACUCCGAAGUCACGCUGAACGUGUCCCUGGGCAAAUCCUUCGCAGGUGGCGACCUUGAUUUCAACGGGGUGGCCAACACACCGACCUCGAAGAACGACCACUUCACCUGCGGCCAUUCGCCGGGUGUGGCCGUGCUUCACCUGGGCAGCCACUGGCACUCGGCCCUCAAGAUCAGCGAGUGCCGUAGAGGCAAGAAGACCGUCUCCACCCCCAAGUGUCUGGCCAAGGCGGACUCUUAG